CGGACGGACCGGCACAGUCGUACAGUCGCAGCAGCCGAUCGAAGAAGUCGCGAAGCGUCCGUCCGUCCGGUCCGUUCGUCCGUUCCGUUCCGUUGUUUUGAUCCUCAACACAACACUGACUCUGACACUGACAUUCAAAAAACGGGUGCAGCUGACGUCCAACAGUGUAGUGCAACAGCAGCAGCAGCAGCUCGACGGUCAUACUGUGUGUGUGUGUGCGCGUCGAUAACAGAGAGCAGAGCAGAACUCCUCCAAUCAACCUCGUCAAUCUCGUCAAACGCACGCAUAAAAUGGCGCCCCGCAACAAGGAGCAGGAGGCCGAGGUACUGCAGUGGAUCGGGGACGUGCUGGGCGAGAAGCUACCGGCCGGCGCCUACGAGGACGUACUGAAGGAUGGUAUCGUGCUGUGCAAGCUGAUCAACAAGCUGGCGCCCGGCUCGGUGAAGAAAAUUCAGGAGCGCGGCACCAACUUCCAGCUGAUGGAGAACAUCCAGCGCUUCCAGGCGGCGAUCAAGAAGUACGGCGUACCGGAGGAGGAAAUCUUCCAGACGGCGGACCUGUUCGAGCGCCGCAACAUCCCCCAGGUGACGCUCUGUCUCUACUCGCUCGGCCGCACGACCCAAAAGCACCCGGAAUACCAGGGACCGGCCCUCGGACCGAAGAUGGCGGACAAGAACGAGCGUACGUUCAGCGAGGACCAGCUGCGGGCCCACCACGGCGAGCUGAACCUGCAGAUGGGCUACAACAAGGGUGCGUCGCAGGCCGGCUGCGGUUCGUUUGGCAACUCGCGCCACAUGUAACCCUUUACCUUUACCAUGUGCGUGUGUGCGCGCGCGCAGGUGUGUGUGUGUGGGGGGCGGUGGACACAGGACGACGGUUCUCUCCUCCUGUUUUGCUUUUAGGCAGGACAAGGGUUCCGCUCGUGUGCAUCAGGCCCACCACCAGCCAGCCAGCCAGCCAGCCAGCCCAGCAAACCCAGCAGAAAACCAAAAAACCAAACGUCAGCUCCGGUUAUGCGUGUGCUUGUCUGUCUGUCGCGUGCGCUUUAGAGAAGCAGAUUAUAUAGUUUAUUUAUUUUAGUGUUUAACAAUUCGUCGGAAGGUCAGGUCAUUGGGUCAGUUUUUCGGAGGGGAGGGAGGGUAGCGGGAGGUAGGGAAGAAGGUACCUUACGGCAGACGUUGUAGAAGUAGUAGUAGAGAAAAAGAGAGAGCAGAGCAGAGCAGUGCGCAUACAUCUUUUAUCCUUUAAAUCCCAUUUGCACAUACACACAUACAGACACACACACACACACACGCACGUACAUGCACAACAUACGCAUUGUCACACACCCUCUUACACACAUACAUACAUACAUACAUACAUACAUAUUUGAUGCAAAUACACACAUCCAGUAAGUAGCCGCCGCUCGAACACUCGUUGCUCUCGUCGUUGUUCCGACUUUUCCGUCUUUUUUCUGGCCGCGUGGGGAAGGGGGGCGGGGGGGGGGGGGGAGAAGAUUGUGGUGCGACGUGCCAUCAAGGCGGGAGGAGGGGGGCCGUUGGAAAAUUUUCCCCCAUUUUCCCGAAGACCAAUUUUUGCAUCAUUGCUAUUUAUAGUCUCCUAUACUCUUCUCGCCUUAUUUUGCUCCACACUCCACACACACAUACAGUACCCUCCAUCAGGUGGCGCACGCGCACGCCAUGCUCCACACACACACACACGCGCGCGCGCUCAUACAUCUUCUGUCUUGUUGGCGUCGCGGCGGAGGGCAACAACAACACGUCGUCCGUCGUUCGUCCUUCGUUCGGCCCCUCGCUGCCAACCUCCAACAACACAACCGCCCACACACACACACACACACACA